CACGGCGGGGGGUGGAUGAGCAGCACGGGAGCGCCGGUGCCGUUCCGGUACCCCGAAGGAAGCGCUCAGGCCGAGCCCGGGCCCCGCCGCCGCCGAGCGGUGCAGGCCGCGAUGCUCGCCAUUACCCAUAGCCGGGUGAUGCCGCAGCGCGCCGGAAGUGACGACGGGACGCCUGCGCAGCCGGCGGCCGCGCGGGGCCGGGGGCCAGUGUCGGCCAUGGCGGACCGGGUGCUGUUCCGGAGAGGCACCGGGCAGAGCGACGACUCGGACGUGUGGGACGACACGGCCCUCAUCAAGGCGUACGACAAGGCGGUGGCCUCCUUCAAGAACGCUUUGAAGAAUGGAGAGUGUUCGGAGCCUUCGGACAAGCAGGAGCAGCGCCUGGGAAUGAAGAGAAAAAACAAUAAAAAGAACAGAAAUAGGAAGAAGAGCAACUCGGUGCCUUUGAAACAGUGGAAAGUUGGUGACAGCUGUAAUGCUGUUUGGUCUGAGGAUGGUAAUAUGUACCUGGCAACUAUUGCCUCCAUCAACCAGAAGACAGGCACAUGCGUUGUUACCUACACGGGAUAUGGAAAUCAAGAAGAGCAGAACCUGUCUGAUCUACUCCCUGCAACCAGCGAUGAAACAGUAAAUGGGAUGGGGAAUUCCGGGGAGAAUGAAAAUGAGACUCCAUACUCAACAGAUGAAAGUGAAAAAUCUUCCCAGUCAUCUCGAAACAAAAACAACUGCACGAAAGCAAGAUUCUCCCCUCAAAACCUACGUUUUCCUGCACCACCAGCAGCCCCAGGCCUGGGAAGGUCUGGAUCAAAAUUCAGGACAUCUCCGUCGUUUUUAUCUUGCUGGCCCCCACCCUUCCCAGCAGGACCACCGUUGAUUCCUCCUCCACCACCGAUGAGCCCAGACUCUCCCGAGGAUGAUGAAGCGUUGGGGAGCAUGUUGAUAGCCUGGUACAUGAGCGGUUAUCACACUGGCUAUUACCUGGGUUUAAAACAAAGUCGAAUGGAAGCAGCACUGGAGAGAGAAACACAUGAAAAAUAACUGAUUAUCCACCACUGUUUUGAAGGAUUAUACAAAUCUUUCCAACUGAGAGUUGUAUAUCACUUGUGCACUGAUGGUUGAUGGUGAAGAUCAGAAUUUUAUCAAGAAAAUUGACAUUUUCUUAACACUGAGCUCCCCCUGGUAACAAGUGAACAAGAACUUAAGACUAGGAAUUAUAUGUGCAUUGAAAUCAGCUAUUUCUUGAAGACUUCCAUUCAGAUGUGGUUAGGAAGCACUGCAGCAAUAAAUUAUUUUUUACUUCCCUGAAACAACUUUUUACCACAACAGAUUUAAGUCUUUUAACCCCAUGUGGUAGAUUUCAUUUCUCUCUCAUGUUAAUGCCGCUUGUAUUCGUCAGACUUUUUUGUCUGAGUAACAACACCAGAACUAGUGCUUAGAGUAUAGUCUUUAAGGAGUCAGCUCUGGCAGCAGUGUAUGUUACAAUGGCGACCGGUGGCAGUGGCCUGGAAAAUGGUAUACCAUUGUAUUAAGAGGGGAUAUCUUAAGGGUCUGAUUAGAAUCCUGAAUAUAACAGUUGGAUUCAGAAAGGCUCUUUCUUUUUUUUUUUUUUUUUUUUUUUUGUUUUGUUUCAAAUGCUUGUUAAUAAAGUUCUACUUUGCAAACUUUGAAUGUGGUUCGUUUUGGGGUCGUUUUUACUUCUAGCUUCUGCAGACAUCUGUCUGUUGGGUGAAUGGCUGAAAUACACCAGAUAUUUCUGCUCUGUGGCCUUUUUCUGAGUACCGUUACUAAAAGCAAAUUAGAAAAAGCAGAGCAUGGAAAGGUAAUGGUAAGUAUGGACUUAGAUUUCAGCCCUUAUAAUCUUCACUCUUGUAGAAUAGAGGCUGUAGCCACAAAACUAGACUAAUUAAUGACAGUGGUUUUCUUUUCAGGGAAACUAGCCAAAUACAAGCCUGAACUUUGCUGCAUUUAGUUCCUUUUCCUACUGUGGUCAAGUGUCAGAAAAAUCACAAAUUUCUUACAAAUAAUUGAGCAAAAAGAGAAAGACAUAGUCUUAGCUUCCCUAAGCCACUUUGAAGGCUUUUUAAUUGUGUA